AUGCUGCUCCGCACCGCCCGCACCACUCUACGCCGCGCCGCCGUCGCCGGCGCGCAGCAGCGGCGAGGCGCCAGCGCGCUAGCGGCGACGCGGCCCUGGCACGAGCCCGACAUCCUGAGCACCGAGACGAAGCAGUUCCGCGACGCCGAGCUCGCCCGCCUCGGCGCGCUGCGCGACGCGGCGGCGGCGGGCCUCGACGGGCCCGCCGCGGCGUCGCCGGCGGCGGCGUGCCUCGACGCGUCGGUGACCGAGGCGUCGGGCGACGCGCCGCAGCUCCUUGCCGCCUUCGCGCGGCGCGCGCGCGCCGCGGCGGCGCAGGGCGCCGGCGCGCCGGCCGAGACGCUCCGGCUCGCGUACGCGGCCCGCUACGCCGAGGCGCUCGCGCGGCGCGCCCUGCCGCGCCAGGAGCGCGGCGACGCGGCGCGGCCCGGCGCCGGCGCCCUCGCGAGCGCGGUCGCGGCCGUCGCGCCCGAGGCCGACCUGCCGUUCGCCGGGGCGCUGCGGCGCGAGGGCGCGGCGGCGCGGCUCGAGGCGGCCCUGCGGGCGGCCUGCGUCGGCGACGCCGCGGCGCGCGUCGAGGCGACGCACGCGUUCGUCGACGACCGCGCGGAGGGCCUCUCGGUCAAGGCCGCGGCGGCGGCGCUCGAGGCCGCGGCGCUGCCCGUCGGCGAGGCGAUCGCGGACGCGCACGACGUCCUGGUGCGGGCUUCCCUCGCGGCCCCCGACGCGGGCGAGGCGGGCCGGUGGAAGGCGCGGCGGCGGCGCGGGCUCGUGCGGCGGGCGCGGAAGGACGCGGCGAGGCACCUCGACCGCAACGCCCGCGACCGGCUCGACGUGCCCGCGAAGGCGCGCAACGCGGCGCACUGGGCCGAGCCCGACCGCGAGGUCGCGCAGCCGCCGCCGCCCGCGGCGAUGAGCGUCGAGUGGCUCACGCAGCGGCGGGACCCGCACGCCGGCGCGCGGCUCGCGGCGCCGACGCUCGCGGCGGCGUCGGCCGAGUUCUUCCCGGAGCACGCGACGCUGGGCGCGACGCUCGCCACGAGCCUGCUGCGCCACCGCGAGCAGGCCUGGCGCGACGCCGAGGAGGACUACCUCUCGCGGCUGCUGACGCUCGCGUUCUGCGCCUUCUGCGGCGUCGCGGACUACGCGAUCAUGGUGCACUAA